AUGGUGAUAGCUAAAGGUUCCCCGGCAUUCGAGUGCAAAGACGGAUACACCCUUUUAGGAAGGAAAUUUUCAUCUGACGAUUGCCCAAAAGGUCUUCUAAGGGGGGAACGAUCAUUCUGCGCAAAGACGGGCUGCAAGGACUAUCAGAGCCCGAGGAAUGGAAACCUGACAGCGGAUGGGUUAAAAGCUAUGAUCGAGUGCGUCGAAGGUCUUGUCCUUUACGGAAACAGAGUCUCUUACUGCAACGGGGAGCACUGGAGCACAGAGUUAGGCAAGUGUCUGAAGACCAAUGAUACGGGAAAUUACUUCUGCAACUUUGAGGCGGAGGACCAGUGUGGUUGGACUGCGCAAACCGCCGGGAACAGUCCUUGGAAGAGGAUCAGCGUUGCUAAUGAUUUCCACUCCAACUCAACGGGUCCCCGAAGUGAUCACAGCUUCGCAAGCGACUUCAGGGGUCAUUUCAUGCGUAUGGAAACGGGCACCGGAUAUAAAUAUAGGGAGCACUUCAUGUCGCCGCUUUAUCCCAGGAGCCUGACUUUGGGCAACUCCUUGUGCUUUCAGUUCUAUGUCUUCAUGUUUGGCAGGAAUGUCAGGAGCCUAGGGGUGUCGGUGAAGCCCGAAUCCUUGGAUAUUGACGAAAUGCAUAUUGAAUCAGUGGACGUCGAAACAUUAUUGGACGACGAGGUUAUGCUGAAGGAGACCACGAAAUUCGUUAGGACUGGCGAUCAGGGUGCCGAGUGGCUUCGAUUUUCAAUCCCCAUCGACGAAAUGAAGGAGGACUUCCAGGUGGUUUUCACUGCCAUUGAAACCGACAAUGAAUUCGGGGACAUUGGCAUCGAUGAUGUGGAAUUGACAAAAGGACAGUGUAGAUCGCAGCCGGAAACCUCUUCCGAAACCACGAAAUCUACUGAGCCAUUGACGACCAGUUCCACAAAGAGUACCUUCAAAGGCAGCUUCUUAAAGAGUGGUGCAAAUAGCUCAAACGGGUGGGGAAAGUAUACCGCUGGGCUCUUCACAUCAGCAAUGCUGGUUGUUUUGUAUAAGUGAAAACACUUGGUAUUUGCGGUACGCAAAGUUAACAAAACGAGCUAAACUUGAGGAAUGACCUCCCAACUUUUUUAAAAAUACCUUGCAA